CUGCUUUCCACUCUAUCCGACUUGGCUUGUCACCCACUGAUUUGUAUAUCCGGUUCAUCCUCUCACCGUCGACCAUUUUAUACACCUGAGAUCUGUCUCUUUCUAAAACCUCCAUAGCUUCUCUCCUAGACCGAGAUUUCAAUUUUUGAUGACUGAAAAUCCCUCAAUUCCCACAAAAAAUCUAAGUUGAUUGACGUCACAGAAAUGUCCACAUUUCUCCAUCAAAGGCCACUUCACAGCCCCUCAUUUGAUUCUCGAGAGCUAUCACCUCGAUCCCGCCACCAGAAGCCCUCCGCCUCUCUCCUCAGCCGCAUCCCCGCCGCCCUCGUCCUCCUCCUCUCCCUGCUAAUAGUCCUCGGCGUGGUUUUCCCCUACGUGCGGUCCCCCAGUUCCCUGCUUUCGCUCAGUUUCUGGAAUUCCGAUUCCAAGUGGCGGACGUAUACUCUCCCUGAUGCGGCCGCUUAUGUGGCGAAGAACAACACGCUGAUCGUGUGUGCCGUGAGCGAGGCUUACUUGCCGUUUCUGAACAACUGGCUAAUCAGCAUCGCGCGUCAGAAGCAGCAGGACAAGGUUUUGGUGAUUGCAGAGGAUUACGCCACGCUUGAUAAGGUGAACGAGCGGUGGCCGGGUCACGCGGUUUUGGUGCCUCCUGCUCUGGAAGCGGCAGCAGCUCAUAAGUUUGGGUCUCAGAGUGAUAUUCAACUUGAUGAAGGGUCCAUUGAGAUAGAAAUAAAGGGCCAUUCCAGAAGGCCUCGCCAUCUCCUGCAAAUUCUGGAGCUGGGCUAUAAUGUUAUGUACAAUGAUGUAGAUAUGGUCUGGUUGGCAGAUCCCUUUCCUUACCUGGAAGGCGAGCACGAUGUAUAUUUCACUGAUGACAUGGCUUAUGUGAAACCUCUUGAUCAUUCUCACGAGUUGCCACCUCCAGGGAAAAAAGGGCGUACAUACAUUUGUAGCUGCAUGAUUUAUUUGCGUCCCACCUAUGGAGCAAAAUUACUUAUGAACAAGUGGAUUGAAGAACUGCAGGCCCAACCUUGGUCUAGAGCAAAGAAAGCCAACGACCAGCCUGCAUUUAAUUGGGCACUGAAUAAAACUGCUGGACAGGUGGAUGUGUACCUUCUACCUCAAAAGGCAUUCCCCACAGGUGGUUUAUACUUCAAGAACAAAACAUGGGUAAAGGAAACCCAGGGAAUGCAAGUUAUCAUUCACAAUAACUACAUAAUUGGUUUCGAAAAGAAGACUAAGAGAUUUCGCGAGUACGGUCUCUGGUUGGCGGAUGAUUACGCCUCUGAGUCCCCACUUGGCCGAUUGUAGUCAUUUGGAUGAGCCUUUAUUCAACAACAAAAAACAUUUUUCCACACAACAGUCGAGCAUUUUCUGACAAAAUCAACAAUUCUGGCUUGUUUGUGACUUAAGGCUUGAGAACGAUGUGGAUGGGCAUAGAUAGGCCGAGUAUACGGUGCAUAAAUUAUGAGGUCAAAGUUGAUAUAGAUAGCCGAAUUUUGUUAGUUUGCUUUUAUUGUAUAAUACGGGUUCUUCUUCAGCAACUCAACUGGGAAAUUGCAUAAUGUACAUGAUGCAACUAUGAGAUAACUUUAGCAUCAUCCACUGUUCUAACAUUUUUCCUUUUGCGGCAUUUGAGGGCUUAUGCUAGCGGUUUAUUAAAUUCUUCAUUUUGCUUGCAUACGAUGGGUGAUCUGCCCUCAGAUUUAUCCUUCAUGUAGAAAUAUUGCGACUAGCCUUUUGUGUUCACUUUGCUAUUAGCUCUCAACAGUUCAAUAUAUCAGAUGGGUUUGAGUGUUUCUGGAGUUUCAACU